UAUAACAUAAAAAUUGACAAUAGGUAAAUAUUUCCAUAAAAGUAUGUGUUUGCAAAACGAGAUCUAUAAUUAGUAUAAUUACAAUUAAAUAAUUAUUGUGCUGAAUGUGAAGAAAUGAUUUUAUAUUGAAAAUCGUACCAAUAUCAGCACAAUGUUUAAUAAAAUAAGUCAAGAAAUGUUUCGAAGAUGUCUGUGAUAAUCUUUUGAAAGCCAUGGGAGUCAUCGAUGUGGACGCAUCGCAGCGCGAGGCGCUGAUUGUGGUAGGCCUGUGCCUAGCGUGGUACGCUACUAGCUCGGCCAGCAACGUGGCGGGAAAGGUGGUGUUGACAGAUUUCCCGUAUCCUAUGACGGUUACUAUGGUGCAACUGUUAUCAAUCGUCGUGUAUAGCCCUCCAGCGUUCGCUCUGUGCCGUGUGCGUCGAGAGACAGAGUUUCCUCGUCGCUAUUAUUGGCGUACGCUGGUGCCACUUGCCUUUGCCAAGUUCCUCACUACAGUCUGCUCUCAAGUUUCUAUAUGGAAAGUCCCAAUUUCAUAUGCUCAUACAGUGAAAGCGACGACUCCGUUGUGGACGGCGGGCCUGGCGCGCGUGCUGUUCGGGGAGCGGCAGCCGGCGCGCGUGCAGGCGGCGCUGGUGCUGAUCGCGCUGGGCGUGGCCGUCGCGUCCGCCACCGAGCUGCGGUUCGACUCGCUCGGCCUCGCCGCCGCGCUCGCCGCCGCCGCGCUGCUGAGCCUGCAGCACCUGUACUCCAAGCGCGUGAUGCGCGACACGGGCGUGCACCACCUGCGGCUGCUGCAGGCGCUGGGCCGGCUGGCGCUGCUGCUGUUCCUGCCGGCGUGGGCGGCGGCGGACGGCGCGGCUCUGUGGGCGGGGGCGGCGCCGCGGGCCGGCUGGGGCGGCGGCGGCGGCGCGCUGCUGCUGGCGGACGGCGCGCUGGCGUGGCUGCAGGCGGUGCUGGCGUUCAGCGUGCUGUCGCGCGUGUCGCCGCUGGCGUACGCGGUGGCGUCGGCGGCCAAGCGCGCCGCGGUGGUGGCGGCGUCGCUGCUGGUGCUGCGCAACCCCGCCACGCCGCUCAACCUCGCCGGGAUGGCGCUGGCGGGCCUCGGCGUCUUCGCCUACAACCGCGCCAAGCUGCUGCGCCCGCCCCCGCUGCCCGUGUGACGAGCGAUACUGUUUAUUGUGCGGCGAAGCCGUCGGAGAUUAUUUUCAAUAAUAAAGUAUUAUUUUUGAUUCUUCGGUG